GUUAACCUCCGAUUGCCCAGCCACUGCAUACCAACUAAACAACACAAACCUUGGCUUCCAUCUCCUCCUUUUCUGCAGCUAGCUCUGCAUUGACGCCCAUGAAAACGACCAAGUCCCUGGUCUUACUAUGCACAGUCCUUGCGGCGUGCCUCGCGCUCGCCGCAGCUGGCUGGUCUCCGGGCACCGCCACGUUCUACGGCGGAGCCGAUGGCUCCGGCACAAUGGGCGGCGCGUGCGGCUACGACAACCUGUACAACGCUGGGUACGGCGUUAACAACGCGGCGCUGAGCACGACGCUGUUCAACGACGGCGCGUCCUGCGGCCAGUGCUACAAGAUCACCUGCGACCGGUCACGCCCGGGCGGCCAGUACUGCAAGCCCGGCAACAGCAUCACCGUCACAGCGACCAACCUGUGCCCGCCCAACUACGCGCUCCCCAACGGCGGCUGGUGCGGCCCGGGGCGCCCCCACUUCGACAUGGCGCAGCCGGCGUGGGAGCACAUCGGCGUCUACCAGGCCGGCGUCGUCCCGGUCUUCUACCAGCAGGUCAAGUGCUCGCGCAGCGGCGGCGUGCGCUUCAGCAUCGCCGGCUCCAACUACUUCCUGCUCGUCAACAUCCAGAACCUCGCCGGCAGCGGCUCAGUGACCGCGGCCUGGGUCAAGGGCGACAAGACGGGCUGGAUCCAGAUGUCCAGGAACUGGGGCGCCAACUGGCAGGCGCUCUCCGGGCUCGUCGGCCAGAGCCUCAGCUUCGCCGUGACCAGCACCGGCGGGCAGUACAUUCAGUUCCUGAACGUCGUCCCGAGCUGGUGGCAGUUCGGCAUGGCCUUCACCACCAACAAGAAUUUCGUCCGCUAGCUAAACCGUGUGCAAGCAGCAUAGUUCUCUUUAUCUCCUUUGCAAGCAAUUCCGGGUGCUGUUGUGUCGAAUGGCGAGUGCGAGCUCUUGAUUUUCAUGGAGCCUUUUAUGCACUUGUGCCAUUGCAUCCUAGUUGGCCACCUGAAUGGCUUGUCUCCUACGUGAUGCUCCGACUGCAGGAGGAAAUAGCAAGGGUCUUUGGAAUGUUA